CCACUUAUACACUCAAUCUUUCCCAAUUACAUGGUCACGUACUCGUAUCCGUUCUAGAACAAAAUAUGCGUAGUUGUCAAUCUGUCUUUUUGUGGUACCGUGGUUGGCGUCGAGUACUCGAAAAUGGGGGCCAUGCAUACCAACUUGAGGCUUUCUGUACAUUAUCCACUUCCUAAACUCUGACCUAAUCAUUGAUUACUAAAUAAACGGGAAUCUAUCGCAUGUACUUGUGCAACGCCCCCGUCGAUAAGAACUGGAAGGCAUGAAUUUAAUAAUAUAUUCUAGCAACGGAUACAGCAAAGUAGCGGAGAAUUCAUGUCGGAAAAUAGAACAUUGAAGUGUAAAGGGCAAGAAUAUUUGGGUAUAAAAAAUUAUCGGACUGACGGACAGACGGACGGCUUGACCGCAGUAAGUAUACUUGUAAUAUUUUUCGAAUAAAUCCGGCAUCUACGCAGCUAACUAAAGUGACUUCGCUCUCUUAAGGUCAGUCAUAUAUGAAAAUUAAUUGGUACUCGUAUUUAUCCCCUUCAUUUUGAUGAAUUGAGCUCAUUCCCGUUUCGCAUCGAGCUUUAUCAACUUGCUGAUUUAUUUGCACUUUACAUAAAAAAAUGGCAAAUCAAACCACUUUCGUCCUCCUGAUCGUCCUAGUGUCAAAGUUCUGCGGGUCAGUUCCACUCCUCCGCGGGUACAGUGAUCCCGUCUUCCUGGACGCGGAAAUUAAGCGGGUGCGUGGCGGGAAUUUUAACGUAUCACAAGUUGCCCCAAUGGAGGGGGGAAUUAGUGAUACGAAAAUAUCGAAAGUUCCCGUUGACAUGGAAGGAUCUGGUCAAGGAUCGGGCGAAGAAGGUGAUGACAGCACAAGUGAAGAACUUGAUGUCACGUGUGCACCGGGAAAAGGAUGGCAUGUCCGAGGACAACGGUGUGUCCCGGUUGAUUGCCCGGGUGGAAUAAAUAAGCGCUACUUCAACACCGGUGAAUGCAUGCACGCCCCCGCAAUUCCACCAAUGGCAAGAUACAAGCCUUACUCCGAGUGGAACAGUUUAAACCACGUGUACCCGUCGCAUCCCGGCGUGCGACCGCUGUCAAAGGGAAUGCGCGCUUUCUUGCGCCGUCGCGGAUGAUGGGUGUCCCCUUCACAUUAUUUGUACAAUUACUUCACAACGAACCCUUAACCCGUCUAAAAUAUAGUUCAAAACUUAUGUAUUUAUAUAUGAUGAAAUAUUUAGCACGUGACAAAUGGGAAGACAAUUACAACAUUUUCUAUUUUUAUUUUUGGUACAUACACAUUCUCAAUUGUAAAACUUUUGCUUAGAAAAUGUCACGUUUGGGGGAAAUAUCUGCAAGAAGUGAAAUAAAUUUUGUCACAAAUUGUACGAACUAA